UUAGAACCAUAUCUCUGGCCGGGAGUGGCCGCGCGGCUCCGAGGCUCCCGGCCCGCGGCUAUUUAAGCCGGUCCCGCCGACUCGGCUGCGCUGCCGCCUGGAGGCUCCGGGCACGGGGAGGCAUGCUGGCUUCGCGGAGGCGCUAGCUCCUAGCCCGUAUCUGUCCCAGGUUAUGUUUAUUUGAGAACUUCUCCAUCGGGGAUCGCCUGGUGUCACAAGUGUCUCUGGUGCUGGGGUUUCCUGUCUGCCCUCCUGCCAUGUCUAACGAAGUAGAAACAAGUGCAAGCAAUGGUCAGCCUGAUCAGCAGGCUGCUCCGAAAGCACCGUCAAAGAAGGAGAAGAAGAAAGGCUCUGAAAAGACAGAUGAGUAUCUCUUGGCCAGGUUCAAAGGUGACGGUGUAAAAUACAAGGCCAAGCUGAUUGGUAUUGAUGAUGUGCCAGACGCAAGAGGGGAUAAAAUGAGCCAGGAUUCUAUGAUGAAACUAAAGGGAAUGGCAGCAGCGGGCCGGUCUCAGGGACAACACAAACAAAGGAUCUGGGUCAACAUUUCACUUUCUGGGAUAAAAAUAAUUGAUGAGAAAACCGGGGUAAUAGAGCAUGAACAUCCAGUAAAUAAGAUUUCUUUCAUUGCCCGUGAUGUGACUGACAACCGGGCCUUUGGUUAUGUCUGUGGAGGAGAAGGCCAGCAUCAGUUUUUUGCCAUAAAAACAGGGCAACAGGCUGAGCCAUUAGUUGUUGAUCUUAAAGAUCUCUUUCAAGUGAUAUAUAAUGUAAAGAAAAAGGAAGAAGAAAAGAAAAAGACAGAAGAAGCCAACAAAGCAGUAGAGAAUGGGACUGAAACCCUACUGAAUUUUGAUGAGCAAGCUAACAAAUUGAAAUUGGGUGUUGACCAGAUGGAUUUGUUUGGGGACAUGUCUACACCUCCUGACCUAAAUAGUCCAACAGAAAGCAAAGAUAUCCUGUUAGUGGAUCUAAACUCUGAAAUCGACACCAAUCAGAAUUCUUUAAGAGAAAAUCCAUUCUUAACAAAUGGCAUCACCUCCUGCUCUCUUCCUCGACCAAAGCCUCAGGCAACCUUUUUGCCUGAAAAUGCCUUUUCUGCCAAUCUCAACUUCUUUCCCACCCCUAAUCCUGAUCCUUUCCGUGAUGAUCCUUUUGCACAGUCCGACCAAUCGACACCCUCUUCGUUUGAUUCUCUCAGACCUCCAGAUCAGAAGAAAGAGAAUUUGAGUAGCUUGCCUGCUCCCCUGAGUAACGGGCCCCUGAAUGGCGAUGUUGAUUACUUUGGUCAGCAAUUCGACCAGAUCUCUAACCGGACUGGCAAACAGGAAUCUCAGGCAGGCCCAUGGCCCUUUUCGAGUACGCAAACCCAGCCAGCAGUGGGAACUCACAAUGGGGUAUCUGAAAAAGAACAGAACGGCUUCCAUAUCCAAUCCUCCCCGAACCCUUUUGUGGGAAGCCCUCCCCAAGGACAAUCCGUACAGAAUGGCGUAAAGCAGGACUUGGAAAGCCCUGUCCAGUCCUCACCACAUGACUCCAUAGCCAUUAUCCCACCUCCACAAAGUACCAAACCAGGAAGAGGCAGAAGGACUGCUAAGUCUCCAGCAAAUGACUUGCUCGCAUCAGACAUCUUUGCUCCUCCCGCCUCAGAACCUCCCAGGCAGACGUCACCCACAGGACAAUCUGCAACCCUACAGACCAACCCUCUGGAUCUCUUCAAAGCAAGUGCGUCUCCCCCGGUUGGGCCCCUUGCGGGUCUAGGUGGUGUGCCGGUUACACCCCCUCAGGCAGGACCAUGGAACCCAACAUGCGUGGUCUUCAAUCAGUCCAGUUCAGUGGUCCCAGGAGCCAUCAUGGGUGCUCAACCUUCAGGUUUCUCUCAUCCGAUCAUUUUUGGUACAAGCCCAGCUAUUCCAAGUUGGAACCAGCCUUCAAAUUUUGCAGUUUCAAAUUCUCCUCCAGCCCCUGCCAUUUGGGGUGCUUCUGCAUCUGUGGCACCCAGUACUUGGUCAUCAUCAAGCCCUUUGGGGAACCCUUUUCAGAGCAAUAUUUUUCCAGCUCCUACCAUGUCCACUCAAUCCCCACCUGUGCUGUCCUCUCUUGUGGCCACUCCUCCUCAACCACCUCCCAGAACUGGCCCUGCAAAGGACAUCCCAAGUGAUGCUUUUACUGCCUUAGAUCCACUUGGAGAUACAGAAGUCAAGGAGGUGAAAGAAAUGUUUAAGGACUUCCAACUGCGGCAGCCACCUGCUGUUCCCGCAAGGAAGGGAGAGCAACCUGCUUCUGGGACUUCCAGUGCCUUCUCCAGUUACUUCAACAGCAAAGUUGGCAUUCCUCAAGAGAAUGCAGACCACGAUGAUUUUGAUGCUAAUCAACUGUUGAGCAAGAUCAACGAACCACCAAAGCCAGUUCCCAGACAAGGUAUCCGGCCAGGUACCAAAGCUAUUGAUGGUGCAUUUGAGAACCCUUUCUCUAAAGAUUCCUUCAGUUCAUCACAACCCCCUAUGGCUUCUUCACAAGCUACAUCUGAUAAAUAUAGGGAUCCUUUUGGAAAUCCUUUUGCCUAAUUUCGGAACUUGAUAUGCUGACUAUCCAGAGGAACAAAAGGGUUGGCCUUAGGAAUCAAGGACAAAGCUAAUGGCCAGAUUGUCCUGUCUGUCAUUGUUCCAGCUUUGGCAUAUUAUCUGUUGCCUUAUUUCUUGUUGCCUCUUCCACUUGUAAAAUGCCUUUCACUUUCUGUCUAGGUUAAAGAUAAACUGAAUCUAUGGCUUUAAACAAAUUAAGAUCCUAAAUGCUCUAGCUUAAAAGUAAAUGAGGUAGUUUCCCCACUGAACCUUUGCCUCCUAUAUCCCUAAAACGUUCUAGAACACUCUACCUUCUAUCUUCUAAUUGGAAGAUACAGUCAUCACACCCCCUUACAUCAUACUGUUUUGAGUAAAUUUUCAAGUCUUUACUGUUCAAAGGUAUAUGGCCAUUCUAUUUUAGAGCAUAAACUUAAAGAUUAUAGUCAAACAAAGUACCUUUUUAAAAGAAAUGUUGCAUCAGACCAUCACUUACAGAAAAUUUUAAAACUAAAGCGAGUCCAACUUUUGGGACACUUUGGAAUCUAAUACAACUGUAAACCUUCUUAAAGGUGCUAUUUCUCUUUCUGAAAGCCACCUCUCUUUCCCCCCAACGCCACGAUUAUCCCCUCUCCAGCCUUUCUAGCUAUUGCAAAUGAGGCAAAAGCAUUAUUCGUUUCUCCUCUCCUUCUCCCUCUCUCUUUUCAGUCAGUUUUGCUCCUGCGCUCAUGUAGCCUUUGGACCCUUCCACAAGCAACAGACUUUCAUGGGCAAAACUGUCUAAGGAGUCACAGAUCUGGAGCUUCUCUCCAUUUUAGUAACUGCUAGUCCCAGAAACCAGAAUUACAAAUGGGCACAACCCGAAUCCUUCCUAUGGAAUAGGACACCAUCUUUUUUUUAAGUUGAAGUUCUAGAAAAGCAGUUAAUGUUGAAGAGAAAUUGAACUCAACUCAGCAAUGAAGACUGUAUUCUGAAGAGUAACUUGUCACACAGCUGAAUGUGAUUGUGCCAAACACAAUGGGUGCUUAUUUGGGGAUCAUGUUAGACCUUUAUCAAGUAACUGGAAAACUUUCUUGAAGCCACAAUCUCAUUGUUAAUAGGAAGAUAAAUGGGGGGAGGGGAGCUAAAGAACAAAGAUUUGAGGUUAUCAUUGAAAAAUCUGAUGACUGCAAUUUUUUUUCCUUAUAACCUUGGAACCCUUCCCAAUUCAUUUUUAGUUCUAUUAUUAGCACAGUUCUGAAGGGUUUGUUCUUGCCAAAUUGAGUUUUGUUUUGUUUAUGUUGGGUUUUUUAGUGUUGUGUCUUGACCCUUAAUGCUCAGGUUUCUUGUGGGUGUUAAUCACAUACAAUGUUACCUUUAAGUGGAAGAAGAGGAUGACGGCUCAGGACCUAAACAAGAUGGUGGCCUCAUGAGCCUCUCUGUUGGUUAGCCCCAAGUAGUCCAAGCGGAAGUCCUGUGGUUUUGUGUUAGUCUAUCACAGAGGGCAUAUUUUCCCAUCUGAUUUCCUCUUCAGUCAUUACAAACACAGACUUGAAAUAGUACAUUAAAUGUCCAAACACCCAAACGUGCAAAACUGAAGGGAACUAUUUCUAGGUAUCUGAAUUUUUUAAAGUGAUGAUCAGCCACACAACUGUUUUGUAAAUACCUAUUUUCUUGUGCACUUUUCUGUAUGCAAAUAAAGCUAUGAACUUACUCAUUUCAAUAAACUGGAAUGGCAUAA